AUGGCGCUCAACCGCAAGUACGCAGCGCUCCCUGACCUGGACUCUGCUCCCGACAUCUACGAGACCCCCGAGUUGACAGAUGAUAACUCUACCAUUCUUACCUCGGCGAACCGACCGCAGUCCGAAGACGAGUUCGACGAUAUCAAUGAAGAUGAGACGGGCGGUAUUUCGCGCUCACGGCUGCGAAUCAACGAGGCCCGAUCUCGCUUCCUGCCCUCCAAUGCCGACGCGAAUGGGGCAGACUUCUCGAACCGUGUUGACGGAAAGCGCAUGCUAUACAGGGCAUCCAGCAGGCGCCAGCGGAUACUCGAGGACGGCACACAAGAAUUGGGGGAUCUGUCGGACGAUGACGACGAGGAGAGCCUGGAAAGACGGAUCGCGCGCUUGAAGCGAGAAGUGGAAGAGGCCAAGGGGGAUUACGACAAACAACAGUCGGCAUCCGCAACGCAGACGGACGAUGCGGAGCACAACGUCGAGAGACUGGAGGCUCUCAGCCGGGUCCUGGAUGACAUUUCCAAACCCGCCGGCUUUGGCGCCGCAUUGGGGACCGCAAGGCCGCCUCCUUUGGAGGACAAGACGGUCGGCUCCGGCGACUCGGCGGCUGUAGAUGGUCCGACGUAUACCGUCACGUACGCACCAACGUACCAGCAGAGCCACGCGCUGGCCAAGGCCGCCGACUUUGACCGCCGGCUCGUCAUGGUGGAGCAGGCCCUGGGCAUCAGCUCGUCGUCGAUGCUCGAAGCGGGGCGAGACGGCCUUCCACGGGCCAUAUUGCCGACCCUAGACACGAUGGAGAAGCAAAUCUCGACGCUCUCGCAGGCAUCGACGGCAAACUUGGACGCCAUCAGCCGGCGGGUUCGAACGCUGGCAACCGAGCAAGACAAGCUCAACGACGCGCGAGAAAAGGGCAAGGCUCUCCGCGAGGAGCUCGGGAAACAUUCCCCGACAUCCCCCACAGACGACUCGGAGCACGAGGCCAAGAUCAACGCGCUCUACGGGAUUCUGCCUACGAUUGAAGGGCUGACUCCCGUGCUGUCGCCGCUGCUGGACCGGCUGAGGUCGCUCCGGGCCAUUCACGCCGACGCAGCGACGGCGAGCCAGACACUGGAGCGCAUCGAGACGCAGCAAGCAGACAUGACGGGGGAGCUGAAGCAAUGGAGGGACGGCCUCGAAAAGAUGGAGGGCGCCAUGAGGAACGGCGAUGCGGCCGUCAAGGACAAUGUGAAGGUCAUGGAGGGCUGGGUCAAGGAUCUCGAGGAGCGCAUGGCCAAGCUGGCCUGA